CCCAUCAUUGGUGUCAGUGGGGAGAAUAGUGCCCCAUCAUUGGUGUCAGUGGGGAGAAUAGUGCCCCAUCAUUGGUGUCAGUGGGGAGAAUAGUGCCCCAUCAUUGGUGUCAGUGGGGAGAAUAGUGCCCCAUCAUUGGUGUCAGUGGGGAGAAUAGUGCCCCAUCAUUGGUGUCAGUGGGGAGAAUAGUGCCCCAUCAUUGGUGUCAGUGGGAGGAAUAGUGCCCCAUCAUUGGUAUCAGUGGGAGGAAUAGUGCCCCAUCAUUGGUGUCAGUGGGGAGAAUAGUGCCCCAUCAUUGGUGUCAUGGGGGAGGAACAGUGCCUCAUCGUUGGUGUCAGUGGGGGAGGAACAGUGCCUCAUCGUUGGUGUCAGUGGGGGAGGAACAGUGCCUCAUCGUUGUUGUCAGUGGGGGAGGAACAGUGCCUCAUCGUUGUUGUCAGUGGGGGAGGAACAGUGCCUCAUCGUUGGUGUCAGUGGGGGAUUGGUCGCCUGUGUGCCUUUCCAGUGCUGGCGCCCAAUCACCGGUGAGGAGGCGGAG